UUGUUCGGUUUGGUGGUUGGCCGGUGGGCCGGAGACGCACCGUAGAAGCCGAACCCUCUUACCCAAUUGGACGCCGUCCCCAUUACGCUUGUGCGCAAUUUGUGGUGGCGUCGUAACGCCUCGGGGAAAGGGAAGCGGACGGGCAUCUGGAAUCGCUGCCUCUGGCUUUCUGUUUUCUACUAACAGGAUUUGGUCACUGGUUCUUCAUCUUUUGUCUGUUGCACGCAUCCCGCCCUCCCCACUUGCUUCCCCACUCCUUGGAUCCAGCCCUGUGGGCUUUCACGUCAGUUCUCUGACCCCGCCGUGAGCCCCGCUCAGGGUCCCCGGGCGGCCCUGGAACGGAGGCGAUAACUAUGGAGAAUAUGGCGGAGGAGGAGCUGCUGCCCCUGGAGAAGGAGGAGGUGGAGGUGGCCCAGGUCCAGGUCCCGACCCCGGCCCGGGACUCGGCUGGGGUCCCAGCUGCGGCCCCGGAUUCGGCUCUGGACUCGGCUCCGACUCCGGCCUCGGCUCCAGCCCCAGCCCCUGCCCCGGCCCAGGCUCCGGCCCUGUCCCCGUCCCUAGCCUCUGCCCCUGAGGAGGCUAAAAGCAAGAGACACAUCUCAAUUCAAAGGCAGCUUGCUGAUCUAGAGAAGUUAGCUUUUGUAACUGAAGGAAAUUUUGACUGUGCCAGCUCAUUGAACUCAGAUAAUCUUGAUGCAGGCAACAGACAGGCUUGUCCAUUGUGCCCUAAGGAAAAAUUCAGAGCUUGUAAUAGCCAUAAGCUUCGUCGUCACCUCCAGAAUUUACACUGGAAAGUCUCAGUUGAAUUUGAAGGUUACAGGAUGUGCAUCUGUCACUUACCUUGUCGACCAGUGAAACCAAACAUUAUUGGAGAACAGAUAUCCAGUAAAAUGGGAGCCCAUUAUCAUUGUAUCAUUUGUUCAGCAACAAUCACCAGAAGAACUGAUAUGCUAGGACAUGUUAGGCGCCACAUGAAUAAAGGAGAGACUAAAUCUAGUUACACUGCAGCUUCCACUGCUAAACCACCUAAGGAAAUUUUGAAAGAGGCAGACACGGAUGUACAAGUUUGUCCCAACUAUUCUAUACCUCAGAAAACAGAUUCCUAUUUUAACCCCAAAAUGAAACUAAAUCGGCAGCUAAUAUUCUGUACAUUGGCCGCUUUGGCUGAGGAACGAAAACCUUUGGAAUGUCUAGAUGCUUUUGGAGCCACUGGGAUAAUGGGAUUACAGUGGGCAAAACAUCUUGGAAAUGCAGUCAAAGUUACAAUCAAUGACUUGAAUGAAAACUCUGUGACAUUGAUUCAGGAAAACUGCCAUUUAAACAAAUUGAAAGUGGUGGUGGACAGUAAGGAAAAGGAAAAGAGUGACGAUAUUCUUGAAGAAGGAGAGAAAAAUCUUGGUAAUGUUAAGGUGACCAAAAUGGAUGCCAAUGUACUGAUGCAUUUGAGAUCUUUUGAUUUCAUACAUCUAGACCCUUUUGGAACAUCAGUGAAUUAUCUAGAUUCUGCAUUCAGAAAUAUAAGAAACCUUGGCAUAGUGUCAGUGACUUCUACAGAUAUCAGUUCUUUAUAUGCCAAGGCACAGCAUGUUGCCCGGCGUCACUACGGAUGUAACAUUGUCCGAACUGAAUAUUACAAGGAACUAGCAGCCAGAAUUGUUGUAGCUGCAGUGGCAAGAGCUGCAGCCCGAUGCAACAAAGGCAUAGAAGUACUGUUUGCAGUGGCUCUGGAACAUUUUGUGUUGGUAGUUGUGAGAGUUUUGAGGGGACCUACUUCAGCAGAUGAAACAGCCAAGAAGAUUCAAUACCUGAUCCAUUGUCAGUGGUGUGAAGAGAGAAUUUUUCAGAAGGAUGGUAAUAUGGUAGAAGAAAACCCAUAUAGACAGCUGCCUUGUAACUGUCAUGGAAGCAUGCCUGGAAAGACAGCAAUAGAACUUGGACCUCUGUGGUCAAGUUCCCUUUUCAAUACUGGAUUCCUCAAAAGAAUGCUAUUUGAAUCUCUUCACCAUGGUUUGGAUGACAUUCAGACCCUAAUAAAGACAUUAAUCUUUGAAUCAGAGUGUACGCCUCAAAGUCAGUUUUCAAUUCAUGCACCUUCAAAUCUCAACAAGCAAGAAGAAAAUGGUGUAUUUAUUAAAACUACAGAUGACACCACAACAGAUAAUUACAUUGCACAAGGAAAGAGAAAAAGUAAUGAAAUCAUCACAAAUUUAGGCAAGAAGCAAAAGACUGAUGUCAGUACUGAACAUCCUCCCUUUUAUUACAACAUUCACAGACACAGCAUUAAAGGAAUGAAUAUGCCAAAGUUAAAAAAGUUUUUGUGCUAUUUAUCUCAAGCAGGCUUUCGAGUAAGCCGAACUCAUUUUGACCCAAUGGGUGUACGCACAGAUGCACCUCUGAUGCAGUUUAAAUCUAUCCUUUUAAAGUACAGCACCCCCACCUACACGGGAGGACAGUCAGAAAGCCAUGUCCAGUCAGCAUCUGAAGAUACAGUAACUGAAAGAGUUGAAAUGUCAGUGAAUGACAAAGCAGAAGCAAGUGGCUGCAGAAGAUGGUAAACAUAGAGAAGAAUUGGUUCUCAGGUGUCUGUAUAGAUGGCCUAAUAGUUCUCUAUACCAACUGUAGUUCUUUUUCUAUUCUUUCAAUUCAGUAGAGUAAAAAUAAAAAACAGUGUCAUUUUCAUUCAGAAACAGCAGUUUCUAACUUAGCUGGUUUAGGAGCUUUGCUUUCCAAGUUUUUUUUUGUUUUAAGGCAAACUUAAAAUUUUAAUGGAAACAUUUCAUAUGAAGCCAAGUCUCACUGAGAUCACCCAACUGCUUAGUAAUUCGGAAAAUUUUCACAUGCAAAGUGUUUGGAAUUUUAUGUAUGUUAUGAAAGCCAUCUUUUACAAUUCUUAAUCACAUCUCUGCCUAAACUGAUUCAUGAUGUUUGUGUUUUCCUGUUUGUAGUGUACAAAAUGAAGCUGAAGGCUCACAUAUUAAACUGACCCUGAAUAGAAUAGGAAGAACAAUGUUCUUACAGGUCAUAAUGUAUUUCACAAUUAGAAAACUAAAAUAUGUACCCAUUUUUAAGAAAUCAUACUUCUGCCCAUAUUGAUCUUUUCAUUUCUUACUAGCUUUUGAGAAAUUAAAUACUUGCCUGAGAUAGAAAUACUUUAUUUUUGUAACUUUAAGGUCUAAAUGACUAAACUUCAAAGUAAGAUUUUGUCAAAAUAAAUUGAGACCAUUAUUCUAAUAUAAUACUUGUUCAUGAGCACUGAAAUCCUGAAGAGGAGAGAUUUGGUUAUAAAUUAAACAAACAGGUUGGGUGAUCUUAAGUGCCUCGGUUAAUGCACGUACAGUAUUCAUUUGGUUGGUUGUACUACCUCUCAGAAGUAAAAUUUGUCACCUUAUGGAAUGAGAGUUUUUGGUUUGGGGGUUGUUUUUGUGUUGUUGCUUGGUUUGGUAUUUUUGGUUUUGUGUGUAUUUGUAUAAAUUUUUUGUAUAAUUAGCCCAGGCUAACUAUAAAAAUUAGUUGAAAAAAAUAUUGUUUCCUUAAUGGAAUUCUCACUUCAUUUGAAUAUAAGAUUUUGGAUGUAAGGAUUUGGUAUAAAGUUUGGGUUUUUGUCUCAAGGAUUUAAUCCAUGUUUAUCCCUAAAUAUUUCUUAAGGGAUGUAACUUUUUACAACCAUUAAGUGGGGGGAAGGGGGUGGAGGGGGUGGUAAUAAUUAUAACUGAAAGGUUUAAAUAUACUACCUAAGAAAAAAGUACUUCUGUGACAUAUACAAAAAAAUCUAGUUGAUGGGCAUUAGAUGAAUAGAGAAUAUUAAUUUUGCAGAAAUGAAGGAAAAUCUCUGUGCUAUUACAGCAUAUUCCCAAGACAGUUUAUUUUCCUUUCUCCAAUUAAUGUGGUCAUAAAUUUCAGUAAAAUCAAGAAAUAGGUGAAGUGCAAGCUAGUUUCUAUAAUGACCAUUAAAAAAAUUCUGCUCUGUAAUUCUUGCCAGUUAAAAUUAUAACUUACAAAUGAGCAGAAUAAAUGAGUUUUUUGUUCAUAUUAUUAAAAAUAAAAAUUACUAUAAAUCCAGGAGGCAAACUAUUAUAGCACUCAGAUUAUCUGAUUUAAUACAUAUUAUUGAAUAUCAGUCUCAAAUUUUGCUAAAUGCUUAUCAGCAUGAUAUAUGUUGAUCAAUGAUGAGUUGGGCUUAAUGCAAAGAUCCUAAUUUAACAAAGAAACCUGUAAAUUACUGUUAUCUAAAAUAUAUGUGUAUAUUAAUUUCACAUAUAAAGGUAGAUUUUUCAAAGAAAAAUUUGGUAGGAGGUAGUUUAGAACUCUCUGAUCAGGUACUACAUCAACCAAAAGAGGAAAUACUUUAAAAAUUCCAUUUAGCAACCUGAGCAAUCUUAUUCUCGUAACAAUAGUAGUAAUUUGGGACACUGCAAAUGUUUAUCACGUUGUAAAGUAACAUCAGUUGUAUCCUUUCAUUAAAACUUGAUGAUAAACAAAA